CUAUUUCAUCUAAUUUUAUAUUUAUAAUCGGCACAUGAUUGUGUUGUUAAUUAGUUGUAUUAAAGUGUUGAGUUAAAUGGACUAGGUGAGGAAUUGGUUUUCCCUACUGCACUCCGCGAGAGUUGCAUAUUUACGCCUUGGAAUAAUAUUAUAAUCUUCGUUUAUGAUUAUACGUAAUGGAAACUUUUGACGUCGCGGGAGCUAAUAGCCCGGAGGGUAGCCUUGGCGAUCGGCUUCGAUCAAGAAACCGCUACUUUCAGAGUGUAACCGAGUUUUUUAUUGGCCUUGAUUCAUAUACUACUAGGCGAUAUGGUUCAUAUACACCAGACAGUGAUGUAGUGAUGGACUUUGUUGUUCAUCGUCCAGUACGGGUUUCAAACUUUGUCAGGGCAGCUCUUUUUAUUGGUAUUGUAAUGAACAUUUUCCUUUGUUUCCCCGAUGUGGUUGUUAUGCUUGUUCAUAAAACAGUUGUUACAGAAUUCGACCCUAUCGUAUUGUGGUGGCUUACAGUAAACAAAUCCCUGCAAUGCAUUCAGCUUCCUAUUAGGAUGUUCCUUGUAUAUCUACUGUAUCAAUUGAAAGAUAGUACUAACCAAGAGAUUAUCUAUUGCAUGGCUGUGAUUACUACAUCGCGCUUGUGGAGUUGGAGUAAACGUUUAACGUUGGCUCACUUCUUUUGUUAUGUUAUAGGUUUUGUGGCUUCUCGUUAUGCUAUGAUAAUGCACAAGGCGUUCUUCACCAGGAUAUUAAUGUACGUAUUUUCCAUGAUGUCUUUACGAAUGGCAUUAACGUUUUUACUGUUUUAUUAUUCCUUUCCUCCAUCGCAGAUGCGCAGACCAAACAAGCCACGGCCCAAGGUAGACACAUCGAAGAUUCCUUUGUUGCGUUUUGGAGACUUAGACGAGCCGAAAUAUACCAUGUGUGGCAUUUGUUUGGACGAUUUUGAAGAAGAGACGGAAGUGCGCAUGUUAAAAUGUAGUCACGGAUAUCAUGACAUGUGUAUUGAGAAAUGGUUUAACCGUAGCAAUGCAUGUCCGUUGUGCCUGGCAGUAGUGACCGACGAAUAAAUUGCUCACAAUUUUUGAUUUGAGACAUCUGAUCCAAAGUAUCAUGGUUCUCUAUCACUAAUCUAAAGCCCAGUUCUAUAUUAAACUGGCUUAAAACCAGCAGGUUAUAGCUUGUUACACGGAGCAAGCUUCUAGACAAUACACAUCAGCACU